AUGGAACUGGAACACUUCGACAUCGGCAUAAACCGAGUGGAGCAGAGAGAGGAGAAGGUCUACUACGUCAUCCUAAUUCAGUACAAAGAUCUCAAGUACGAAACCAGUAGGAGGUACAGCGAGUUUGAAGAGCUCCACUGGGAGUUACUCCACAUGGGUUUUUCAGCCCUACCAAAGUUACCCAAAAAAAAAUUAAUGGCCUACAAAAACGCAGAAUAUAUAAACUACCGAAAGAAGGUACUAAAUUCUUACAUGCACAAUUUAUUUAUCCGAGCGGACGUGAGAUGUUGUGCUGUGUUUCUGAAUUUUAUUUUAUUUUACGACAAAAUUAAUUUGUCCGUGGAUGUCGUAAGAACCAAACUGCUAAACAGCAUAGGAUCACAAAAAUUUUCCAUGAGCGAUUUGUACAUGAACGAAAAAUACAAUUUUAUCAUUUGUGUGUAUGAAGAUAAGAGCAAUUUGAGCAAGUUGGGAAAAUUGUGGUCCAUUAUUGAGCCAGACAUAGUUGGGGAGAUAAAAAUCUUCACUUAUAAUAACGACUUGACAUCCACCUUUUGCGAAACGUACAAAGAACAAACCGUAUAUAAGGCUCGAAACAUUGUGUGUGCAGAAUCGAAAAGUGAAGUGAUUAUAUCAGGGGAUGAUGGAAAAAUCCACAUUUAUAAAAUCGACAUGCAAUUGCUAACCCUAACUUAUGUAAAGUAUAUUCCUUGCCAUAAUGACACCAUUUUAAAAAUGAUGAGUUUCAAUUCCGAAUUAUUUUGUACUUGCGGUUAUGAUAACGCAUUCAGAUUGUUGCGAUUUCGUGAUUAUAAAAUUCUGAGUGGGGGACGAUGCAAUAAACGUUUGGACAAGGAUAAAAUUACUACAUGUCACCUGCUCAACUAUAGCAAUAUUGUCCUUGGAACGGACUGUUCCGUUUUCUUUAUUUACAAUAUGAUGACCAAUCCUCCCCUCUAUCUAGACACGAAGAAACUUAAAAAUGGCGAAAAAAUUAACUGCUUCGCCAACACGGAUAAGUACCUAUUCAUAGGUUACGACAACAUCAUUGCGUGUUACAAUUACCAUUAUAACAGUGAGGCAAAAAAUGGGAGGGGCCAAAUGUUAAGUGAGAACUUCUCAGAAUGUGUGUCUACCCAGGACCCGCCUGGCGGUAGCCACACCGAUGCGCAAAUGAAGGAAAAGCAACCGAUACUCACCAAACUGAUAGUAGACAACAACAUGUCCGCGCAGUACGUCCCACCAUUGCUCUACGACAACAUUGUUUUGUCCCUAAGCGUUAACAAAGAGAAGAAAGUACUCUACGCAGGGUAUGAAGACGCAAUUGUUCUCUGGUCCAUAACGAGCGGUCUGAUCAUUUCGGCCUUCCAUGGGCAUACAAACGGAGUGCACUUUUUAAAUUUUUCGAGCAGCUCAGAUUUUUUACUCUCAGGGGGAGAUGGGGGAAAUUUAAAAGUAUGGAAAAAUGACAUAGAUAAUUUUCGAAUAUGGAAGCCGAAGAGGAGGAGUUACAAACCCAACAAAUCGGCAGGCAUCGCCCCCCAAGCACUGUACGCCGAAUCCUCCGCCCACAAAAACAGUCAGAAUAACAAUUUCCAUUUUAACGAGAGUGAAGACGGUGACGAUGCCGAUAACAGAAGCAAUGCUCAAAGCGAGUCCAUGUCUAUUGACCACUUGUUGGGAGAAGCAAACAACAAAUGCGACUACCAAGUGUAUGAUACGUCCAACUACAAGAAAGACCUAAUUAAUUACAACGAAUCGACAAAUGUAAACAGUGUUAACUCCUCCAGGAGUAACCUUUUUUACGAUAAAAGUUUGAGUAAUGCACCGCAGGAGUUUCUGUCCGAUGCGAGUAAUCUCGAUGUGUGUAUACUCACAAGCAGGGAAGACAAACACCGAACCGGUAGCUACGACUCUAACGUUGAUGCAAAUUUUAGCAAAGGAGAUAACUCCUUUCACGCACCACAUUAUGACCAGGACUUUCAACAGAAUCAUGGAGAUUACUGCGUAGCAAAUGAGGAUCUAAUGUUCGACCAAGGUGGGCAAAAUGGGGAGCGUUCCCAGCAUGAUCAGUAUAACCUGCCUGGUCACAACGAUUACGGCGUGGCUCCCAUUGCACGACAUGGAUACCAAGCCGCCUACGAGAAGGGAGGUUCCCGCGGAAAGACACAACACGAUGAUGGUCAGCAUAACGAUGGUUAUCAUAGCAAUGGUCAGCAUAGCAAUGGUUACCAUAGCGUUCCUGAGCGAAACGUGGGUCAUCAGAGGGACGUGUAUCGAGCAAAUUACAACAGCGCCACUGCCCCUCAGACGCAGCACAACUCUGACGGGGGGGAACCGAAUUCGAUGCAUAUGAAGCAUAAUAAUGAGGACGACCAGUUCAAUAACUUAAAGAGGGACAUCGUUUACGUCAGUGACGAGGACGAUGAUUUGAUUUUAGCCUUUAGGUAA